GAACGACUCGUUCAGAACAAACGAAAUCAUGUGAUUCGUUCGAGUCGUUCCCGAUGUAUAGAAUCAAUCGGUUCUUUGAGAGUCGAUUCCGUAAAAGCAGAAUGUGAACACGAGUCAGAAGAACGAAAUUGCGAAAGAACAAUUCAUGACGGGAGUCGGAGUAAUCAGUAAUCGCUGCGUGAGUUUGCGUGUACACAAUAGCAAACGAUACUUGAUAAAAUAAAACAGUUUAGCAUGAAAAGUAUCUACACUUGACAAUGUCAACGGUUUUGACAUUGAAAGCUCGAAGCUAAAGGAAUGGCGAGCGAGGCGUUCAACGUCCUGUGGAAGAACCACACGACCAGCCUCCACGAUCAGCUCUACCUCCGCUACCUCUACCAGGAGCUGGUGGACGUGACGAUCGCGUGCGCGGACGGCAGGAUCCGGGCCCACCGCCUGGUCCUCUCGUCCUGCAGCAAGUACUUCAGGACCGUCUUCGACGACAACCCGUGCAAGCACCCGGUGGUGAUCGUGAAGGGCGCCUCCUGCCGCGCCAUGCAGAGCCUGGUGCUCUUCAUGUACACCGGUUCCGUCAAAGUCCUCCGGGAGGACUUCGAGGAGUUCAUGAGCCUGGCGGACGAGCUGAAAAUACGAGGUCUCUGCAACGACCUUCCCGCUGACGAGGCUGCUCCCUUGGACAUACACAACCGGGUCGCGACCGACCUGGAGCUGAGCGGGGCGGAGGACGACGGGCGUGGUGCGAUUACCUGUUCGAAGAAGACCGCGGCGACGGCGGACAGGAGAGAUGAGCUCAAGGUGUUGGAGUGUGAGGAGGCUUCCAACGAUGAGACCUCUUCUCGCACAGCUAAAGAAGAAGUGGAGCACAAGAACGAGGAUGCGGAUGCGAAAGAAUGCAAGACAGCUAAGGGAGGAAUCGAAAAAUCUCCCACGGACACGCAGGCAUAUUUUGCCGAUGCUGGUGAACCAAAUAUCAAACAAGAGAGAGAUGACGAGACAUCACUAGCAGAUGAGAAAGAGUUGUUAAAAGGUCCUACUCCCAGCACUUCAACUACCGAGCCAUACAAGACUAGGUUCAGAGGCAAGAAACGAGUGAACGUCGGGGAACGUUUGUUCGGAUCCGAGAGCACAAUAACGCACAACUCAAAAAAAGUGAAGGUGAAAGAAGAGCCCCAGGAAGAUUGUGGGAUAAGUGCCGCAAGCGAUUUGUUUUGUAUUUCAAAUUUGGACACUUACACAUGUGAAAAAUGCCUUAAGACGUUCGGCAGCGGGGCGGAGCUGGCCGCGCACCGGGCCUGCCACGCGCGCAAGAAGGUGCACCAGUGCCAGGUGUGCCAGCACUCGUUCUCGCGCAGCUCGCACCUGCAGCGCCACGAGCGCAUGCACACGGGCGAGCGGCCGUUCCCCUGCCCGCUGUGCAGCCACCGCUUCUCGCGCCAGGACAAGCUGAAGCACCACUACCGCCGCCAGCACCUGUUCCCCGGCGGCCGCCCCUGGGCCGGCCCGUCGCGCCGGGGCCGCAAGCCCCGGGGCUACCACAAGUACGUGUCGGACACCAAUGAGACCAUGGUACUUAAAGAAAAGUCUCCUGCAGAGAAUUGUGUUGAACGAGACGACCCAGUGUGUGAGGAUGAACCUUGCCUGGAAGACAAUCUUCUGGACUCUGUCCGUCAGCUUGGAGAAUGCACAAUUCAGACCAUUAUUGGUUGAUAAAACUUGUGCUUGUUUCGUCCGAAAGGGGUAAGCCUGGUUAGUAAUGUACAAUUCAAACUGAGUACAUACCAAACCCCGCCACAUUGUUUGUAUUUUUCUAAUAAAAAAAAUUAAAGAUUGGUGAGCACAUUUUAAAUUAAGUCAUCAUUGUCAGUCAACUGGUGACAGUAGUCUAAUUCGUACAAAUCAUUGCCUCAAUGAAGAAAGUGUGGGGUCCAAGCCAUUACAGUUUUAUUUUCAUUAAUGAAGCAGGUGUUAUCUGUGUAGUUUAUUACAUCGCAAACUUUUGCAGAAGAAAAAUAGAAUUGACCUGCCCUCUAUCAUGGAAUUAAGGAAAGAGUAAACUAUCCAUUGCUUAUUCAUCAUAUUAUUAAUUUGUUGAAUUAUGUUUAAUUAUACACGUGCCAUUGCAUUUGUGAGUUCAUGGAAAUAAAAUUCAUGCAGUUUGGAAAAGGGCGCUACUUCAAAUCUAUGACCACGCUACUUCAAUUCAUGCUGUAAUUUAUUGGCAUUGUUACUUCAAAACUGCACAAAUCAAGCAGCUUUACUUCAAGGUGCAGUUUUUUUUUCUUCCCCAGAUUGUGGGCAAUUUUGAGAAACUAUCCAUUUUAUGUGCUGUUAAAUCAUACACGAAGGACUUCAAAGGUCAAGUGUAGCUUGCACAAUGUAUUUUUUUUUUUUUGCUGCUAUUGGGAGAGGCGAUCAAUCACCUCUUUCAUAGAACUGCCACUGGGUACACUGCUAGCUUGAAGCUACAAUAUUAUUUAAUUGACUCUAAGAUGCAAUUGAUUCUUAGUUUCUCUAAGAAAAAAAUUACCUUUAAAUAUAAAAUGCACUUUAAUAUUCGUACUGGUAAGUAACAUUCAUUUGUGAUCAGUGAAGAGUACUGGUGUAUCAGUUCUUUCAGAUAGUUUGCUAACCCCCACCGGGCUAUCCAGUUGUUUUUCGCCACAGGCAAUAUCAUGUAAGGGUUUACUCUGUAUUUGCCUCCUUUUUUUCUUUUUUUCUUUUUCUUUUUCUUUUUCUUUUUCUUUUCAAAUGAGUACCUUGUGUCUUUCUGAAAUGGACGGGAGCUUCGUUUGUUCAAUGGUGUGUUGGUGAUUAUCUCAAAUUUUUCGUCUUAUUUCAGUUAACCAACCACCUCCAUUUCUUGUGCCACAUUCUGAAUUAGCUUUGUACUGAAUAGUUUGCACUGUUUAUGUUUAUUUCAAGCAUUAAUGAGUUAGCCUGCAAAUGCAGGAUGUCAUCAAUAUUGUAAGCCACACCACAGUUUCAAAACUUAAAAAUAAACUGAGUAAUAUAUAUAUCUCAUAACUAAAAAAGUUUAGAGAAAGGAAAAUGCUGUGUAUCAAUAAUUGAAAAAAUGAUUACCAACAUUCUUGUAAAAUGUUUUUAGGAAGUCAAAGAGAACAAAUUUUUUAUGAAGGUUUUAUGUUUAUAUUUGUACAAGAAUGUUUAUACCCUAAACUUUACUUCAGAAAAUAGAAACUAUAGAUAAUGUACACAUCUUAAAAUCAAACAUAUGAAACUGUAAUUUAAUUUUUUCGGGGUCAUUGUUUUUGACACCCAAGGUAAUCAGUUAUUAAGAUAGAUUUCAUUUAAUGAGCUCAAAAUAUCACAAGAGGCAUGUAGGUAUCUUAUAGUGUACAGUAAACUCCCUAUUAUCCGCGGGCGGAUAAUCCGUGGUGCGGAUGUAAAUCUGUAUUUUAUUACAAGUGAGCAAAUUUGAACUGUAUCUUUAUUACGAAGUAAGUACCGAGCACUUUUAUGUUUACAUUACUGAGAUGUAUUGUAUGUUAAUUAUUCAGUAAAAUACUAAAAUUUUAGCAUCAUUGAAAAUAUUUACUGUUAAUUGUAACUUCUACUAUACAUAAAUUUUUAGAUUUUUAAGUUGAAAUUAAUGUUUUCUUUUUUGUUUCCCAUUUUCGUUUUUUUUUUGCAGAUUAUCCACGAUUUUCACUAUCCGUGGUAGCCCUGCUACUUAAUUUAGCGGAUAAUCGGGAGUGUACUGUAGUUGAUUCUUUUUUUUUUGUGACUAUCUGGAGCCAAAUGCUUUCAAGCACUGUCCUAAUGCUUCUUUUUUACCGGUCCAAAAGUAAAAGUGGUAGGGAGAUAGAAAUAUAUUAGUAUUCCUGGAUUGAGUUCGUUCUACCAGCCAGCAUAGCAUAUGUGAGACCUUCCUGAAUUCAUCUAUGCCUGCCACUUUGCAAGUUCCAUACGAUUCCUUCAGAACUUGAGACGCAUGGGCCCACUGCUCAGGUAGCAGAGUGAGACACAGAUCAGAAGGUAGGGGAAAUUGUGUCCAUUUCUUUCCAGAGCACAAUUGCAAACAAAAUGCUAUUGUGUUUUCUUUGCCUCAAAAGAGUGCUUUAGUUGAUUUGCGUAUGUAUCUAAUUGUGUAUAUAGUUCCAUUUAAAAUCUUGCAAUAGUUGCACUUAUGUUUUUACAUCUUUUAUUACAUCAAUGAAUUUGAUUUAGAUGCUUGCAUAGACUUAUAACAACUAAGAUUCUCUAUCGUUUAUCUGGCAUUAAUUUCCAUGACAUUGAAGAAUCAAUUACUGUGUUCCAUUGGUGUUAAUUAUAGCUUUCACUUUUUUUUUAAUAACCAGAGAAACCUCCGUAAUUGCUAAUGCUGUAUUUACCAGAACAGACGUGUGAUAUAUGCAAGCGGUACUUAAAUUUUUAGUGGUUCCUUGAACCUUGUUAAAAUUUAUCGCAGGUUUCUUUACUUACAUUUUAUGAAUUUAAAUGCUUUUCGUAAACAUACAGCUUUUAUUAUCAAGUUGAUCUGAUGUACUAAAUGACCUGAACUUUUAUAUUUUAAAAGUACCUGUGGGUAGAGCCCGAAUUAUUUCACGAAUUCAUUUCAGUCCACGAUUGACUCAAAUGGCCCAUGUUUAAUCAGGACUUUUUAGACUGCUCAUUGGUCAGUAACAAAGGCACACCCUUUGGCUGGUUACAGAUGAUUGGGUUACCACUUUUUCUGGUUUAUAACAUGCUUUAGUCAUCUAGGGUGUGUUAGGUUAUAACGGUUCGUUACAUACAAAAAUAAAAAGAUUUAAAGCGUUGAUUGUAGUUUUUGUUUUAUUCUUUCAAAUUAGAAUGCAUAGACGAAUCCAAUCAUUUUCAAAGUUUUUCUCACUCGUUCAACACAUACAUCUGCCCGUCGAAAAAUGCUCACAGUUUGCGUGAUGAGAAUUAACGAAAAAAUAGCGUCCUUCAGUAAUCUUUUACUGCAAGUACACGAAAUUAGUGCGGCCUUAAACAUGACCGCACCCAGCGAAAACGAAUUUCGCUACGAGCCAAACGCCGACGAAGGUGGCCGCAAUUUCUAAAUAAUGUCCGAAAGAAAUAUAAAAACAAAUUAGACUACCUUAAUACUCUGCAUGGCUCUGACCACCAACGUUAAAUGAUCUAUUAGCAAAUUACUUCAUAAUUUGGCGAGAAGCCACCUAACGCGACCUACUGGUGCAGCAAUCGGCAGACGACUGGUGAAAUCUUGUCACAGUCUCCUCCACGCAGGGAGGAUAAGUCACAUGACCUCACCGACCAAUCACACACACACACUUUAUUCACACUUACAGAUACAAGCCAAUCACAGAACAAAUUACAAUACAUGAAAAAACCCUGUACACACAUAACUCGGGGCUUCCCUUGAUCUGUCUCUUUUCAAUUUCACAUCAAAAUCUGGGACUCCCAUUCUCAUUCUCUCUCCCACACCGUGAGACAGCAGUUAUCACACAUUUCUCACGACUAGUGUGGAAUCCCAGCUUUUAUCUCUGUUGGCGGGGAAGCACUGUUUCUCUCUCACACACACUUACAGGCCUCUUAUGCCUCUCUCUUUCUACACAUCAUCCCAGCCCAGACACAGUCCCUUGUUCUAGAAUUAUGCAACACGUUAAUUUAAAUUAAGAACAGCAAUCCACAUACCAAUUACUUGACAAAAUUCAACUUAUUUAGAAAAACCUGAAAAAGUAGGCCUAAACAGGCAAAAAUCUAGUACAAUGGCUCAUUUGUGAAUAAUUACAUAAAAAAUAGGAAUGAUUAAAAAUGUCUAAUAAAAUACAAAAUACCUUCUUAAAAAACAUAGCAAGUGAAAAAUAUCAACCCUAAAAUAUAUAACAAACAGUAAAAUAUUAUUAGAAAGACUUUUUAAGAAAUAUUUACAUUCAUGAAAAUAGUUUAAAAGAAAAAUAUUUAGCUAUGAGGGCAGGGUUCUUGCAACGUUACAAGGUUCACUGCAAUCCAAUCAUCAACAUGAAACAGAUAAUGUGCUUCAAGGCUACUUUGUUAUCCGUGAAAUAAUCAUGGCUCUUCCUGUGUAUUUCAAAAUCAUAACCCAAAUUUCCUAUUCCAUGAAUAUUUUUUGAAUGUUUUGGGAAGCUAGUAAUUUAUUGUAAAACUGUCCUUUCAACAUGUAGAUAUAUGAUUUAUGUUCAUGGUCGUAUAUACUUAGCAAUUGAAGGUAUAUGAGAAAAAGUUUGAAGUCAUUACUAAUUAAAAAGAAACUUUUUUACAGUUGCAUGUUAUACUGUCUUUAUGUAACUUGAUUUGUAUAUUAAAUAAGGUAUCUCAUGCCAAAGGGAGCAUAUUCUUCUCCACAAGAAUGAUUUGUAAAGUUAAAUGUAAGUAAUUUUUAUUGUCCUCUAUUGAAUUAAAUAGACGUAGGUGUCUGCGAG